AUGUGCUUUCCCAAUUGUAUUAAUAAUAUGUUGUCAAUGUUGUGUUCCAUUGCAACUACUGCCGCUGCGCGUGUCAGCAGUGCUCUUCUCUUUAUGGGAUGUUCUAUCAUUACGUAUGGUCGUUUCAGUAUGGUAUCACUUUUCCCCUUUGUGGUAAUCGUUAUGAACUUCUUCCCCUUUCCUCCCGAGGUUCCUCCCUAUGACUUUUCUCACACUGGCAAUAUCCUUUUUCCAGUUGAUAAUUACGCAUCGUGUGAGUCUGUCGGUAUCGCUUUUGAAUUUCUUUGGAAGGUUCCCUCCCAAAAAAAUCCACUAUUGAGGCUUGCUUGCCAUGUGAGUGUGGUAUAA